UAUAAAUGGUGGAAGCAGCUGGUGGAGGUUGUUCAUUGUGCUCAUCAUCCCAAAGCUCAUCAUCUCCUUGUCAUCUUGAGUUGCCUGAGCUUUCAAACUGCGACAAAAUGUCUUGCAGCUGUGGAUCGAGCUGUGGCUGCGGCUCGAACUGCAAGUGCGGAAAGAUGUACCCUGACCUGGAAGAGAAGAGCACCAGCGCCCAGGCCACCGUCGUGCUCGGUGUCGCGAGGGAGAAGGCUCGCUUUGAGGCGGCCGCUGAGUCCGGCGAGACCGCCCAUGGCUGCGGCUGCGGCUCCAACUGCAAGUGCAACCCUUGCAACUGUUAAGAAGCCACGUGGCUACCACCAUGUGUUGUCAUCCGCCUAUGAUCAUCGGGUGACUCUGUGUGAAUGUCCGUGUGAUGAAUAAUUCAGAAGCCAUCUUGGCUCUGGCAUGUGCAGCGUGUGAUCAAUCUGCUAUUCAAUCCUGUCCUUGUGUUGUCUGCUGA